AUGGUCUUUUUGACUGAUGUCGUCUCGGCACUCGGCAGCCCACUGAUUGUCCCGCUUUCGCUGUCGGUGAUUCUCGGCUCUCUGGUGCUCCACGGGCUUUACAAUAUCUAUCUGCAUCCGUUGCGACAAUACCCAGGGCCGAAAUUGUGGGCUGCCACACAACUGGUCUGGAUCUACUACCGCCUGACAGGGCAGCUAGUGUGGAAAAGCAUUGAACUACACAAAAAAUAUGGAAGUGUAGUCCGGGUGGCACCCGGGCAUCUGUCAUACACUACAGAAACGGCUUGGAAGACUAUUUAUGGCCUACGCCCGGUGGAAAUGCAGAAGAACUGCCAAGCAGGCUUCAGCCGACCGGGAUUGAAAGAUGCCUCUGCGAUUUUGAGUGCGGACAAGGAGAAUCACUCGCGACUACGACGAAUCUUAGCCCCCGCACUAUCAGAGAAAUCCAUCAAAGGGCAUGAUGAGACUAUUGUAAAAUAUGUCAACUUGUUGGUGGAACAGUUAAGAAGGCGUUGCUCCCAGGAUGCUAUAGACCUGAACAAAUAUUUCGAAUGGACAACUAUGGACCUCAUUGGAGAUUUAUUGUGUGGCCAACCAGAAGGGGCUCUCCAGCAAGAAGACGGAGGCCGUUGGCUGCAGAUACUGACUCACGCUAUCCAAUCUCAAGUCUGGACCCAAGCCGUGGAGACAUACAAUCUAGUCCGAUGGCGGCAAUAUCUGCUUCCGAAAUACCGCCUCCAAGCGGCAUUCGAGAAUUUCAAGAUCAUUGCGGCUAAGUUCGAGAAGCGCUUGGAAUCCAAAACCGACCGACGUGACAUCCUUAGCUACAUGAUCAGCGAGAAGAACGGAAUGACUCCGAUAGAAAUGAGCCUCAACGCUGCAACGAUUAUCGGUGCAGGCACUGGUACAACUGCAACAUGGUUGUCAACAUCUAUGCAUUCUCUGGCCACUAAUCGCGAUGCCUAUCAGAAGCUCGCAGAUGAGAUUCGUAAGGAGUUUGCGUCGGACGCUGAGAUUACCUCAGAUCGUGUAACACAAUUGCCAUACCUGGCUGCGGUCAUGCAGGAGUCUUUGCGUAUUCACUGCCCCUCGCCUUCAUCAACUGGCCGAUUUGUCCCACCCGGUGGCGAGAUAAUCGAUGGGAAAUAUGUCCCAGAGGGCACGACAGUCGGCGUUCAUCAACAUGCCGCCUAUCACUCGCCAUCCAACUUCCACCGUCCGGAUGACUUUUGCCCUGAGAGAUGGCUCCCGGAAGCCCGGGAAAAAGGCUCAAAGUUUUCUGGCGAUAACCUGGCGGUGGUCAAUCCGUUCAGCUGCGGGCCUCGGACAUGCCUUGGCAUCAAACUGGCCACAGCUGAGGCUCGGUUGAUAUUGGUCAAGUUGUUCUGGCAUUUUGAUUUCGAAGUUAUGCCAGAGUCAGAGGGAUGGCAAAGUACCCAAAAGGGCACAGUCGCAUGGCAUCGUACCCCUUUGAUGUCUAAAUUCAAGCAACGGGAAAUGUAA